AUGAACUCGCUGCUCUUCGGGGAGAUGGCCCGCGCCUUCUCCCCCGGCGCGGCGGCCGCCUCCUGCCCGCUGGGGCCCGGCCCUGGCGGCGGCCCCGGGAGCCAGGCAGCGGCGGCGGCGGCGGCCGCGGCGGGGGGCCCGCCGGUAACGGCGGCGCUUCGUAACGACCUGGGCUCCAACAUCCACCUGCUGAAGGGGCUGAACGUGCGGUUCCGCUGCUUCCUGGCCAAGGUCCACGAGCUGGAGCGGCGCAACCGGCUGCUGGAGAAGCAGCUGGCGGCCCAGCAGAGCGAGCGCGACCGCCGCCUGCGCUACAAGACCUUCUCCCGCGACCAGGCCGUGCAGACCGACUCCGGUACCUCCCCGCUGCUGCCGCCGCCGGGCCCCGGCCACGGGCUAGCAGCCGCUCCCCUCACCUCGCCGCCUCACUACAGCCGUUUGCCCGGCACCAUCUGGAGCUACACCCAGGUGCGGCGUACCGGAGGCGGCGGGUUGGAGACGGUGCAGGGGCCCGGUGUCUCCUGGAUCCAUCCGGACGGCGUCGGGGUACAGAUCGACACCAUCACCCCCGAGAUCCGCGCCCUCUACAACGUGCUGGCCAAAGUCAAGCGGGAGCGGGACGAGUACAAGAGAAAAUGGGAGGAGGAACUGACGAGAAGAAUGAGUCUGGAAUCUAUGGUAGAAACCUUGCGAGAGGAGGCGCAGGAAGCAGAAGCUCUCCAGGAGGAGUUAAAUGAAAAGAUUGAGAGACUGAAAGCAGAACUUGUGGUCUUUAAGGGUCUGAUGAGUGAUCCCAUGACAGACCUGGACACAAAGAUUCAAGAAAAGGCCAUGAAGGUGGACAUGGACAUCUGUCGGCGAAUCGAUAUCACAGCCAAGCUGUGUGAUGUAGCGCAGCAGCGCAACUCUGAAGACGUUUCCAAGAUAUUCCAGGUGGCUUCCAAGAAGAAGGAACGCAAGCUCACAUCUGACGAUGACCUCUCUGAACAGGAUGGAGACAAUGGCAGGUUCUCUGAUGAUGAGGUCAGCUGUUCGCUGAACAUCACAGAUGAAAUGAAGCGUAUGUUUAAUCAGCUUCGUGAGACAUUUGAUUUUGAUGAUGACUGUGAUAGUUUAACAUGGGAGGAGAAUGAGGAAACGUUGCUUCUUUGGGAAGACUUCACAAACUGCAAUCCUUCAAUUGACCUCCAAGGAGAGGAAGAAAACCUGGGAAACUUGAUCCACGAAACAGAGUCCUUCUUUAAAACGAGAGACAAGGAAUACCAAGAAACAAUAGGGCAGAUAGAGCUGGAAUUGGCCACGGCCAAGAGUGACAUGAAUCGCCACCUUCAUGAAUAUAUGGAAAUGUGUAGUAUGAAAAGGGGCCUGGAUGUACAAAUGGAAACCUGUCGUAGGCUUAUCAAAGGCUCAGCUGACAGAAAUUCUCCAUCUCCCAGCUCUGUAGCCAGCAGCGACUCAGGAAACACAGAUGAAAUUCAGGACGAGUUGGACAGAGAGACGGAUGUGGAGCCCAUGGUCAGCUGAUACGUAGUUGGAGCAUUCCAGUGAAAGGGAAGAUACAAGAAAAGAUGACAAAACAAUACACUGAUGGGGGGAAAAAAAAAAAAGACUUGUAAGCCCUUGCACAGGGUUUCUAAGGACUCAUUCCUACACGCAUCCCCACCCCACCCAAGGAUUGGUGCUGUAAAUUUCUAUUGUUAUACAAAUCAUAAAUGCAGAGUCCUGUAAGAAAACAUGGUGUUUUAAUUGUGCCUUUGCCCCAAGCUGAGCCACUUUGAGCUCCAGUGGAAUAUUAAUAGCAGGUGUUUUUAUAAAAAAUAUUAUUUAAAAAAAACCUGGUAGCAGCAGAGAAUGCUGCUGCAAAGGCUCUGGGUAUUUCAAUAAGCUUAUGGUUUUAUUGAACUGCUGCACUGAUUGGCAAAAGGAACACUGGCAAAAUGAGAAGCGAACCCAAGACAAUUACGGUACAAUUACCAAUGUCUGGCACAAAAAAGAAUGCCUCCAAAUUGAACUGUAAACAUUUAAAAAUACUAGCGGGUUUAGAGACAGCUUUUAGGAUUAAGCAGUUAUACAAUAUUAAAAGGAAUUUCUUCAUUCCAUCUCUCUGGAUGAAGGAGCCUUUAAGAUUUGUACAAGCUUUCUGCUAGACUCCAGAAGCUGAAGAAGCAGGUCUCAGCUCGGUGGCAAAGC